AUGGAUGUUCGCAGAGUCUUACAAAAUGCUCCUGGUAAUGCCAAGUAUAUUUCUCCCCUUAUUCAAAAACAAAUUCUAAAUAUACUUGGUAACAAAGUUAGAACCAAGAUUCGGGAGGAAGUGGGAGAUGCCAAAUUUUGUAUCCUUGUUGAUGAAGCUGUUGAUGUAUCUAAUAGGGAACAAAUGGCUAUCAUUCUUCGAUUUGUUGAUUGUGAUGGGUUUAUUAGAGAACGGUUUUUCAAAGUGCUUAGUGUGGCAGACACUUGUUCUCAAACUCUAAAAGAUGAGAUAUCUAAAGUCCUUACUCAAUAUGAUCUUCAAGUAGAAAAUAUGCGUGGGCAAGGAUAUGAUGGUGCUAGCAACAUGCGGGGUGAAUUUAAUGGUUUGCAAGCUUUGUUUCGUGAAGAGUGUCCAUAUGCAUAUUAUGUUCAUUGUUUUGCUCAUCGCUUACAAUUGACUUUAAAUGCUGCAGCUAAAGGAGUGCAUGAUAUUUGGGAAUUCUUUUCAACUCUAAGUUUUAUUGUAAAUUUUGUUGAUUCUUCUGCAAAAAGACAUUCAGCUUUGAGAGUUAUUAGAGAAGAAGAAAUUGCAGAUUUAGUGGAUGCUGGAGCACUUGAGACUGGUAGAGGUGCUAAUCAGACUUGCACUUUGCAACGAGCAGGGGCUACUCGUUGGGGUUCACAUCUUCGCUCUAUUUCAAGUUUGAUUAAGUUAUUUGGAGCUACCCAAACAACUCUUGCAAAUUUGGUUGAAAAUGGACCAAAUAAAGUACAAGGAGAAGCAAAGAGUGUAGGUAAUGCAAUGAAGCGUUUUGAUUUUGUGUUUUGCUUGCUUUUGAUGCAUGAUGUCAUGAAGAUUACUGAUUUUCUUUGUCAGUCAUUGCAAAAAAAAGCCAUAGACAUCUUGAAUGCUCUCAAUUUUCUUUCAAUAACAAAAUCAAAACUUCAAGAUAUGAGAGAAGAUGGUUGGGAUGAUUUGAUUAUGAGGGUUGAAACAUUUUGUUGUGAGCAUGAUAUUAUUAUGUCAGAUAUGUCUGCUCCUUAUAAGAAAAGUAUAAGGGCUUGUGAACAAAAUAUUACAAAUGAGCAUUAUUAUCGGGUCAAUAUACUUAAUGCUGUGAUAGACUUUCAAUUGGCAGAGUUGGAUAGUAGAUUUACAGAUAAUUCGUUGGAGCUCCUUAUUCUUAGUGCUACAUUUGAUCCACGUGAUAAUUUUUGA